GUCACUUUAAAACAAGCCCCUUAGUCACUGGUUGAGCAGUUGUUUUUGAGGAACUUUGACCAGCCUGUUAAUCUCUGCUGUAAAGCAGCAUGUGACUCUUUUUCUCUGCUGUAUGGAAGAUCCAGGUGUGAUGGCCAGUGUCACUGGAGCAUGUUUGAUCAAAGUGAAGAUUUGUGAAUUACUGCCUUCUCUGAACUGAGGAAACGUGCAUGCUGGUAAGUGACGACAUUUUUCACAAUUCAGAGGACAAACGAUCCUGUCAUCAAUGUCUUGAAUAAUCAUAUACAAUCUACAUUGUAUGUGUAUAAAAGACACAAUGCAUUGAUAAUAAUUCUGAUAAUUGUAGAAAGUUGGGGAAAAAUUUGAAUGCAUGCAUAUUUAGAUGCUCACAUAUGUUUCUAUAAACCUUUGGAUGUGUUUGUGUCUUUAUCUCCUGGAGUGUCACUCAAUUCAUGAGGAUCUGUUGUACUCUGCUCAAUACAAAUGGACUUUUCAUCAACUGUACCACCUCUGUCUCCUUCACUGGGAUCUCCACUCAGUCCAGAUGAGAUGAAGUUACUUGCUAAACUAGAAGAACAGAACAGGCUGUUAGAGACUGACAGUAAGUCCCUCUACUCUGUAAAUGGUGCCGUGAAAAGUCCCUCCUCACCCAAGAUCUUCUCUUUUGAGGAGGACACAUGGGGUAACGUUGUCAAAGAAUGGGACGACUGGAGUAAGAGUAAAGUUGGACAGCUCAAGGAGCUGAUCAGGAGGGGGAUCCCUGCUCACCUGCGGGCUGUGGUGUGGCAGCUGCUGUGUGAUGCUCCGAAUGUUUCUGCAAGGCAACAGUACUCAGAGCUACUGACGAUCUCUUCUCCCUCUAAAACACUGAUACACAGAGACCUGAAACGCAUUCUCCCACAGUACCUGCUCUUUCAGAAUCACAACAGCUCCAGCCAGGAGGCACUCUUUAAUGUGCUGAAGGCUUACUCAGUCUUAGACCGAGAGAUUGGCUACUGCCAGGGAAGUGUGUAUAUUGUGGGUCUGUUGAUCACUCAGAUGUCUGAAGAAGAGGCCUUCUGUGUUUUUGUAAGGCUUAUGAAGGACUUUAGAAUGAGGGAGCUCUACAGAUCCAGUAUGGUGGAGCUUGGCUGCUGCAUUCACCAGUUAGACUCUUUGAUUCAGGAGCAACUUCCUGAACUUCACUCCCACUUCCAGACUCAGGGUUUCCACACCUCUAUGUUCUCCUCAUCCUGGUUUCUCAACAUCCUCCUCUCAUCCCUGCCAGUGGCAGCUGCCCUGAGGAUUUUUGACAUAUUCAUGUGUGAGGGCCUUGAGAUUGUGUUCCGGGUUGGUUUGGCCAUACUUCACAUGAAACAGACAGAACUCGUCAAGCUGGAUGAAGAGGGCAUGGUGCAGUGCUUGCAGAAUUUAGAAUCACAAGAUUUAGAUCCUGACAGAAUGGUUAAAGCAGCAUUUCAAAUAAAAUACAACCCCAGGAAAAUGAAACAAUUGAGAAAGGAUUAUGCAUCAAUCAAGGCAAAAGAGCUGGAGGAACAAGAAGAACUUAAUGGAUUAUUCAGAGAAAACAAACAUUUAAAGCAGAGACUUGACAUACUGGAGAAGAGAUGUUCUGAGAAACUGGUGUCACAGCUGAAGAAAGAGCUGGAGAACACUUUGCUUAAUGAGGCCAAGUCACAUAGCACUUUAAAAGAGAUGAAGGCCAAGAUCUUGCAGAUAAAAGAGAGCAGCACUAUGUCUGGUGAGGGCAGUGUGAUGUAUCUGCAGAAUGAGUUGAUCAGCGGUAGACUGCGGGAAGCAGAGGCUCUUACUGGACUCAAAGAGCUGAAACAGCACAUUAAAGACCUGGAGUCGAAAUGGCAGAGGCAGCAGGAGUAUUGUGGAGGUCAGCAGAAGGUUGUCAGUGUGCAGAAUGAACUGCAAGUGGAGCUCUUGAGUGAAAAACUGAAGGAAACUCUAGCUCAGGCCAUGCUUAAAGAGAGCCGUCACAGACUGCUGCAGAUGCAGACAGAGAAUGAAAUUCUCAGUAACCAGUUAAAGCGAAUUAAAAUGCAAGUAAGCAGCCAACAAGAGCAUCUAGAGCAGCUGACAUCACAGAACCAAGAUCUGCACAACCAAUUACAGCAGAGCAGACAGCAGUUUGUAGCAUACAAGCAUCCUGAAGAGAAGCAGAUUGAAGAGGCAGGGAACAUGGCCACUAUUGCAGAUCUACAAAAGCAGAUCACAGAGUUACAAACCCAAAUUCAGAGCUUCUCCAUGAAGAAAACAUGAUUUUCUCAACCUGUGCCAAGGCCUUCCACAUCCGCCUCCUUGGAGCACAAUGACACCUAAAAAUGGACUGAUGUCCCGUCAUUCUGUCUCCAAAAGCACGCCAUCCGAUGAGGCACUGAAGAUGUUCUAUUAACAGCACUACCCACAGCUACUGUGUCCACUGAACAAGUGUCUUCAUGUCGUCAGCUAUGAGGGCAACUGAGGAAGAUUUUCAAACAUAAUGCAUUUCAUCAAGUCAAGUGUGAUUUGGAAACUAGCAGAGAUACACUGUGACAGUUUUACCAUUAACACUUAAAAGUGACAAGAUUUCUCUCAUUCUUGCCAAAAUAAGGACGCCGUAUGGCCUAGAUCUAACGCCACACAGCACUUGUUAGAACUUUGACUCUGUUCUUAGUAAGGCUGUCACACACUACAAGAGGUUUUAGAGUAAUUUACACAUUGUCAAACAUUAACCAUAAACGUAGUAUUACUGAAUGCCCUUCACAACAAUUAACAGUAAAACGGUGAUUUCAACUAAAAAGUCUGUAUUUGAGUCAAUGUCACUGGACUUGAUAGAUUUUGGCUACAAACUCUCAUGGCGAAAUGUUCAGAAUUCAUACGAUUUUCUACAUUUGGCUAAUUCGUAUGAUAUCAUACAACUGCAGAAGUAUGAAUUCGUACGACUUUCACUACAGCCAAUGAUGUCGCUGGACAUCGUUUCCAUCUAAUACGUGACAAUUACUUGCUUUUGUAACACACAACAACUUCCUAUCAUGUUUAACACUUCUGAUCGGUUAAGUUUAGAUAAUGAUUUUGGGUAAGGGCAUAAUAUUUAUGAGCGAGUGCUUAACGCUUCAUGUGUGAACUCGCGCUUACUUCCUCAUUACACAUCUGGGCAUUUUCAUAUAAUGAAAUCGUACGAAAUCAUAUGAAAUAGCCAACUGGAUUGGAUUUUGGUCACUGCCUUUAUACAGUGUGAGGGUCACUGGCACAAAGCAUUAAACUAAGUACAUUUCUAUUUGGACUUGUAUCCAGUUUUACCUUAUGGCUUUUAUGGUGUACUUAUCAGAGUUGGAGUAAGACAAAACCGUCCAAAUCACAGACAUAUCCCAAAACAUUCAGACCCCAAGGCCCAGACCAAGACGUGUGCAUUCAAGAACCAGAGUGCCCAUUUUAAUAAAGGGAAAUGGAGAAAAUUUGAAUUUGUUGCAGAAAUCAAACUAUGUGCCACUUGGCUAUAAGGCAGUUUAGAGACAUGCAAUUGUUGUGAAUUUCCUGUAAUAGUCAAGAUACAAUGCCAACACUGCUUUAUAUAACUGUUAGCAUGUUGUAAAUUGACUGCGGUCUUAUCUGAGACCAUAAGCUGAAACUAAGACUCAUUUUUGAGACCCAGACCCAGGUUUAUGUGGUCUUGAGAAAGUAGUUUAAAUCAGAUUACUUAAUCGAAAAAGUAACCACAUUACUAAUUACUUUACUUUUUGUUUACUUUCCAAAACAGUUCUCAAUAAACAAACAAAUCAACAGCUCAAUAAAUUCCAAAUAAUGUCUAUAUUUCCAUUAUGUUAAAUGUUGGACACCCUCCAGCUGUCACAGAACUUCAUACAGACUUAUGAACUUAUGAAUUCAUAUUUUAAAUAUAUGAUUAUGCAUAAAUAAUAUUACUUUAGAAUUUUUUUAUAUCAAGCAAUGUACUCAAAAGUAAUUUAUUGAAAGCCAGUAACUACUCUGAUCGCAAGAAUUUAAAAUGUAAUGUAACCUUUGACUUAAAAAGUAAUUUGAUUACAAUAAAUAAUUGAUUUCACCCAACACUGUAGAAGACCAGUAUGACAAUGAUAGCCUAAGAAAAUCUGUAAUUUAUUUUAUCUUUAAUUUGAAAAUAUUUAAGUUUAUCAUUAUCUUUACGACUCUCUAAUGUGCAGAUUGGUUUUGAU